UGUCCCUCUAAAUAUGGAUUCGUUUGAUAACUAAAUCGAUAAAAGUAUUCAAUUUACAUCCCUAAACUGUUUGACGUUAGAAAUGUCAUUUCAAAGUGUCAUUGUCAUUGUCAAGUUUUACUUCGCUGUUUUUAUUAAAAAUACGUGUAAUUAAAAAAUGCGUAGAGAAUUUAUUUUAGUAUUAUUAGGAAUCAUUUGUAUUUCCACGCUAUCAUCGCUGUUAUCAGGAUAUGUGCAAAUAGAAAUAGAUAAAGUGCUUUUAGACACAGUUGUUGGUGUAGUUGGUGCGGGCAAUUUUUCUUAUUGGCAAUUAGGGCACACUGGACCAUUGCUGGUGGAGCUGAUCUCUUUAUCUGGAGACGCGGACUUGUAUGUAGCGGAUAACAUAAGGCCGAGUUAUGAAACAGAUAAAAAUAACUUCAGCUCAGUGACAUGUGGGCCCGAUAUCGUCAACAUACCUGCGGAAUUCCCACGACCAGUUGGUAUUGGAGUGUUUGGUCACUGGACACAUUCAGUAACGGAGUACAGUAUUCAAGUGUUUCUGGAUACUUCAGCUGUGCUCAGCGAGGAGCAGGUCCUGGCUAUAGAGAAGGCACAUCAGGGUAAUGGAAAUGAACGAACAGAGAUGAAUGGCAAAAGAAAGGAGAAACUAUCACCAAAGAAGACGGACAAUGAACACAAGCCGAGAUUCCUCUGGUUGUUUAAUAUCUUGGAUGUUAUAUUUGAAAUGUUUAUACUUUGAGGCAUGAUGCUUUACAGUUGAGGAUAUAUAUUCCCUACCUUUCUAAACUAAAACUCAUGGCAAAAUAUUUGUUUUCUGAAUGUUUUUUGACAGUGGGUAGGGGAAUUAUUUCUUUGACUGUUCAAGGGAUUUGAUUUUGUUUAACGCUUUAGAAAUGAGGCGCUAGAAGAUUCUAGAUGUUUGAAGUCGGUUUAAGUUGUGAUAGAAGGAAUGAACUUUCAAGUUUUAUGUCAAGAUAACUUAAGAUAAUUGUGUGAAAUAGUCUUACAAAUGUGUUGUUAAAAAUCCUUUAGUCUCCAAAUAAAUUGUAUUAUCGCUUCAAAUAAAUAUUAACAGACUGAA